AUAAAAGGAAGAUAGAUGCAUUACAUUUUCAACCCUAGUGCUUGGCUGAAGGCUUUGUUGAGAAAAGCUCUCCGCCACCGCGUCAUUUCCGCUUCCGCAGCAGCACUACCUUUUCCGAUGGCUACGGAGACUCCUCUAAGGACCAAGGUUUGCAUCAUUGGCAGCGGUCCGGCCGCCCACACGGCGGCCAUUUACGCUGCCCGUGCUGAGCUGAAGCCUAUUCUUUUCGAGGGCUGGAUGGCUAACGAUAUUGCCCCCGGCGGCCAGCUGACAACAACAACGGAUGUCGAGAACUUCCCUGGAUUCCCGGACGGCAUCAUGGGGUCGGAGCUUAUGGACCAGUGCCGCAAGCAGUCGCUCCGGUUCGGCACUACGAUCUUCACUGAAACCGUCAACAAAGUCGACUUCUCUUCGUCUCCGUUCAAGAUCUUCUCCGGUUCGAAAACCGUCCUGGCCGACUCGGUCAUCGUGGCCACCGGUGCCGUGGCGAAGCGGCUCACUUUCCAGGGUUCAGGUGAUGGGAAAGGGGGAUUUUGGAACAGAGGAAUCUCGGCUUGCGCGGUGUGUGAUGGGGCGGCGCCAAUCUUCAGGAACAAGCCCUUGGCCGUGAUCGGAGGAGGCGACUCCGCCAUGGAGGAAUCCACCUUCCUCACCAAGUACGGUUCCAAGGUUUAUGUCAUUCAUCGGAGGGACUCGUUUAGGGCAUCCAAGAUUAUGCAAAGCAGAGUCGUUUCGAACCCUAAGAUAGAGGUGAUAUGGAAUUCGGUGGUCGUGGAGGCGUACGGGGAUAGGGUCUUGGGUGGCCUCAAAGUGAAGAAUAUGCUCACCGGAGAGGUUUCCGAUUUGAAAGUCUCCGGUUUAUUCUUUGCCAUCGGGCAUGAGCCGGCCACUAAGUUCUUGGAUGGCCAGCUGCAGCUUGACUCAGAUGGCUAUGUUCUCACUCAGCCGGGUACAACCAAGACCAGCGUGCCCGGCGUUUUCGCUGCAGGAGAUGUGCAGGAUAAGAAGUACAGGCAGGCUAUUACUGCUGCCGGCACUGGGUGCAUGGCUGCCUUGGAAGCUGAACAUUACUUGCAAGAGAUUGCAUCGAGCGAUUGAUCGUUUGAUCAGUGUUCUACCUGGGAUUUUAUUUGAAAGCUGUUUGAUUUGAACCAACUUUUUUGUCCAGGUCUAGAUUCAUCUUAUUCUGGAUCAAUAUUAGAACUGCCAUUGUUAUUG